GCCGGACGACAGACAUGGGUUAUGACCUAGCACUUACGUGGAAGAGGAUUGGCCAUCAGGUCCACUUCUAAUCCCUUAUCCUGGGAGGAGCGCCAGCUUCCCUCACAGACUGUGUGCUUUCUGACACAGCCUACUGUAACAGAGGAGACUCUACAGUGCUGAUCCCAUCAGAACUUUUGAGAAGAAACGGUGUGAAGAUGGCAAGCUCAUUCGCCAAGGUGAUGUCGAGCCGCACCACUGGCUUGCUCAUGGCGAGCCUUGGAGCUGGUGCUGUGGCAACCGGUUACUUAAUGAGCGAUAAUGCUGCCAUCUCUGCAGAUCAGAGGAGGAAACUCUACCCUCCCAGUGCUGACUACCCUGACCUUCGCAAACACAACAACUGCAUGGCCAGUGCGCUGACCCCGGCCAUCUAUGCCAAACUGAGGGACAAGGUCACUCCAAACAACUGGACUCUUGACCAGUGCAUUCAGACUGGUGUGGACAACCCUGGUCAUCCCUUCAUCAAGACAGUUGGGAUGGUUGCUGGUGAUGAAGAGAGCUAUGAGGUGUUUGCUGAAAUCUUUGAUCCUGUAAUCAAAGACAGACACAAUGGGUAUGACCCAAGGACCAUGAAGCAUCCCACCGACCUGGAUGCCUCCAAGAUCCAUUCAGCCAUGUUUGAUGAAAACUACGUCCUGUCCUCCCGUGUGCGCACAGGCCGUAGUAUCCGAGGCCUCAGCCUUCCCCCUGCCUGCAGCCGCUCUGAGCGACGUGAAGUCGAAAGGGUCACGGUCCAGGCCUUGGCUGGCCUCAAAGGAGACCUCGCAGGACGUUACUACAGCCUGACUGAAAUGACUGAACAAGAGCAGCAGAGACUUAUCGAUGAGCAUUUUCUCUUUGACAAGCCCGUGUCUCCUCUGCUCACUGCAUCUGGGAUGGCCAGAGACUGGCCAGAUGCUCGUGGGAUCUGGCAUAACAAUGAGAAGACGUUCUUAAUAUGGAUCAAUGAGGAAGACCACACCCGUGUCAUCUCCAUGGAGAAAGGUGGCAACAUGAAAAGGGUGUUUGAGAGGUUCUGCAGAGGACUCAAACAGGUAGAACGCUUGAUUCAGGAGAGAGGCUGGGAGUUCAUGUGGAAUGAACGUCUUGGCUACGUCCUGACCUGUCCAUCCAACCUGGGCACUGGCCUCAGGGCUGGAGUACACGUCCGCUUGCCAAAGCUCAGCAAGGACCCUCGCUUUAACAAGAUCCUGGAUAACUUGCGGCUGCAGAAGCGUGGUACUGGAGGUGUGGACACAGCUGCAGUGGGUGAUAUCUUCGACAUCUCAAACCUUGACCGCCUGGGCAAAUCCGAGGUUGAACUGGUGCAGAUAGUCGUCGAUGGUGUCAACUACCUUAUCGAAUGUGAGAAGAGGCUGGAAAAGGGCCAGGACAUCAAGAUCCCCGCCCCCAUCCAACAGUUUAGGAAGUGAGCAAUGCUCUUUUAACGAAGGAUGGACCCAGCAAGAGAAACAUGGACACUCCUUCCACUAAUCCCAAAUCCGAAGGUCUUAUAUGUAUAGAAAGCUCAAUAAAAUGAACCCUAAAACUACAAAUGCUUUCUUA